UGUGGGGUGCGGGGCUGUCACAGGGGCGGGAGGUGAGGGACACAUGGGGACACAUCCCCCUGUCGCCCUGCCCGGGUGGUUGCAGGGCUUGGGUGCCAUCCUCAAGAACCCCAGCUGCCUUCCCCACCACCAUGGAGCACUUCCUGGCCACUCCGAGCGAGCUGGUGCUGCAGCGGGGCCGGGCCCAGCUGCUCCUGGGGAAGGCGGGCGGACACUCCCGGCGGAAGAGGGAAUUCAUGCCUGAUGACAAGAAGGACACCAUGUACUGGGAGAAGAGGCGCAAGAACAACGAGGCCGCCAAGCGCUCGCGGGAGAAGCGGCGCCUCAACGACGUGGCCAUGGAGAGCCAGCUGGCAGCGCUGAGCCGCGAGAACGCCGUGCUCAGGACCGAGCUGCUCUCCCUCAAGCUGCACUUUGGGCUCCUCAGCCCCACGCCCAGCCCCUACCAGGGCCGCCCCCUCGGGCUCUACUUCAGGGGGCACCGGGCAGCCUCACACCUGCUGGGUGUGGAGCCCUUUGCUGGUGACUCCUGCUGCCUUGCCCAGAAGAGUUUUGUGCCCAAGGUGCUGGAACCGGCUGAGUUUCCUUGCAAAACCUUCAACCCCUCCACAAACAGCCUCGGCUGUGACUCCAAACCCAUUGCCAUGGACACACGUGGCCUGCAGCAACCCAAAAGGUUUGAGGAAUCCUUCAGCCCCAAAAGGUUUGAAGAAUCCUUCAGCCCCAAAAGGUUUGAGGAAUCCUUCAGCCCCAAAAGGUUUGAAGAAUCCUUCAGCCCCAAAAGGUUUGAUGCACCCUUCAGCCCCACAGCUUGCCCUCCAUUCCUCAGCUACCCCUGCCCAGACAAACACCCUUUCCUCUGCCCUUGGCUGGGCAGCGCCUGCUUCUUGUGCCCAUCGCCCGGCAUGGCCGAGGCCAGAAAGGAGAGCAGCACCGUGGUGUCAGAUGAAGACGACGAGCAACAAGUGCCCAAAACUUCUCCUGUGUCCUCCUGCAGCCUGCCCUGCCCCUCAGAAGAGCAGCUGAAGGGACGGAGCUUUGCUGCUCUCCCACACAAGCUCCGGAUUAAGAGCAAAGCCCUGGGCACUCUGGAGGAGACUGGGCUGGACUCACACUGAGGCAGCACAGGAACGGCUGCUGUGGGGCCAGAGUGAGACAUUCCGAGGAAAUGAAGGGUUUGGAAGGACAAGGAGAGAGGGAAAUGUCUUUUCCUCCAAAGAUGGACAUAAUUUUCCCUUCUCUGUGUAGAGGUUGGGGCUGCAUCACUACAGCACAACUGCAGCUGGCCAGCACCCUGUGGUCACCUCCUGGUCUCACUGGUGGCUCUGCUACCACAGCAAGCUCAAACUGGAGGUGUGAAGGGGCAGGAAGAGGCCAAGACAGGGAGAUGGUCACACAGUGUGACACCACUACAGCUGGUGGGGUUAUCAACUCCUGUAGUCACCUUUGCUUCAUCACCACCUUCAUCCUCACCAAUGUGCCUGAAGUCAGAAUUACCUGACACAGGAAACUGUUGAUGGAACCAGUUUCAGACCCCUCAGCUGUCUGGAGAAAAUAAAAAGGGCUUGUGACUCUGGGAGUGUGGAUUUACACUGACAUGAAAUGAAAGCAGGACCUCCUGCACUUUAUUCCAGUUUACCAUAAUUUACCUCCAGAGAGAACAAAGUCUUUCUCUGUGACCAGACAUGCUGUGGUCCAGAAGAUUUCAUUUAUCUUUGCAACUGUUAUUAUGGAAGACUAAAUAUUAUUUUAUUAUUAUUAUUGAAAUGCAAAAACAUAUUUUAGUUUUGCUUAUUUCUUUUUAAAAAGGUAAUUUCAAACCUGAUCUUUGUGUAUUUGGGAACUCAUUAUCAAACACCUGCACAUGGUGUUUGCAUUCCUGCAUCUGCUGGGACCCAGUCCCUGUCCAUCCUGACUUCUGCCUGCUUUUCCUUUGGGAAAGCCUCAGGGAGAGCAGUCUCUUGCAGGGCUCUGGAGCCUGCUUGGAGCUGUUCCUUAGUUUUCAAGCCAAAGAGAAUUCUCAGGGAUGCACUCCAGGUACAGCUGUGCCUUCCUCUCCUCAGAUCUUUCCUGCUUUGUCUCUUUUCCCAAGAAAAGGAUGAUCCUGCAGUUCUGAUGUUGCUGUGUCUGUUAGUCCAAAACAUUUUUUGACAUGUUGGACAAGACCACCCCAAUCUGAUGAUUCCAUCAGCCCCAAUCUGAUGGAAGAAGAUCUCAAAGUGAAUAAACAACUUCAAGCUGAUCUCCUCUGACCCAACCAUACAUUUUCAGUCUGUGUCCCAUGUCCCAAAAGACAAAAGAGCUGCAGGGCCCUGCUGGGAACCAGAGCUGACAGUGGAGCUCAACAUCCUGGCUCAGAUCCCCUGGGAGUCUCCACUCAUCAGUUCCAGCUCAAGGGAUUCCCCUGUUCCUUUGUGUGUCUGUCCCUCUGUCAUCUCAGGUGAGACCCCAUGUGCAGAGCUGCCCCAGCCCUGGGCCCACCACAAGGAGGACCUGGAGCUGCUGCAGAAAAUCCAGAGGAGGCACCAUCAGAGGGAUGGAGCAGCUCUGCUGGGAGGGAAGGCUGGGAGAGCUGGGAUACACCUGAUGAAGAAAAAACUCUGGAAUGAGCUCAUGGUGGCCUUCCAGGGCCUGAAGGAGGUGCAGGAAACAUGGAAAGAGACAAUUCACAAGGACAAGGGGAAUGGCUCCCACUGCCAGAGGGCAGGGCUGGAUGGGAUCUUGGGCAGGAAUUGUUCCCUGGCAGGGUGGGCAGGCCCUGGCACAGGGUGCCCAGAGCAGCUGGGGCUGCCCCUGGAUCCCUGGCAGUGCCCAAGGCCAGGCUGGACAGGGCUGGGAGCAGCCUGGGAUGGUGGGAGGUGUCCCUGCCAUGGCAGGGGUGGCACUGGGUGGGCUUUGACGACCCUUCCAACCCAAACCAUCCCAUGAUCCAUGAAAACUUCAGGCUCUGGAGAAUAAGGACAAUUGACAAGAAUGUUUUUCUAGGAAUCAUUUCAUAGCCAAUAAAGGAAUGCAGCAAUAAUAGGACCAUGCAGAAGGACAUCCCACACUGUCUGACAGAGGAUGGAACAAUCCCUCAAACUGGUUUGGAAAAGAGGGCCCUGAGUGGGAGCUGUACAAGGGAUCUGAACUGGGGAGGGACCAAGAGGUGCUCAAUAAAACUCUGUUUGCGGGAGC